CGCAGCAUAGAUCGAAAAAAAACGUUUGCAAUGAAUUGGUGUAGUUUUAUUGUUACUUUAAUAAACGGGCUAGUGUGGUCAAUACAAGUUCGACAAUUAAAUGGCACUGGAAUUAAAAACGUAGGCAGAACAUGGGACUCUUUUAACGCAGUACAAGUACCCAAGCAGUUUUAUGAUGCUAUCGAAAAGUCCGAUUUUAGUAAACAAAGUUUGCAAAAUAAGUUAGAGCAUUUCCUAGAAAAACUUCAAAAAAACUUGACCGUGUCGACAGUAUUGAGUAACACCGAAGAUAUUGUCACAAGUAAAAGAGAAUAUGUCUACAGGAUGCAAGAACUGUCAACGUUCUUUUAUGAAGCCUCUUUUUCUCUUGAGCAAUUUUCUUCUGAUAUCAACAUUUUUUAUGAAACAUCAAAAAAUUCAAGUUACACAUUGUUGCUUAAACUACGCCAAGUCCCAACAGGUCAACCUUCUAAAGUUAAGGUUUUACUUACCAACUACUUUGCGGAAAUAGAAUUUUUUCAUGUACUGUUCUCCGAAAUUAUAGACGAAGCUAUGGAAUAUAGUACUGAAUUCUUAAGAUCGAUUCAAAAACUAUUUGUUUAUUAUGCUGAUACUCAAAAUAUUAUUCUAGAAAAUUGGAAAUUAAAGACUAAUCCACAAUGCUGCAAACUUUAUAUGAAUUUCUUGCAGCAUCAGUCUUCGCAGAUUUUUAAAUGUGCUGCCUUGGAUAAUCUUAAUGUAGUAUACGAUGUGUAUUCUGUAACAAAGCUUAACAUAAAAUACAUAAUAAGACAACUUGAGUUUCGUAUCCAAUGUAUAUUUAAUUGCUUAUUGUAUAAAAGCCUUACCCUACAAUGUAAACUUCUUAAGAGCGCAGAGCAAGAUCUUAGAACUUUAUUUAGCAAUCUCGCCGAGUUAGACAUGUUCUUGGAUAUAAAAACUAAGAAAGGCAGAGCUUUAGGAUUAAGAUUUCGUAGAGGGAAAACACGGAUUAAUAAUCAAAUUAAAUUGGAACCGAACUCUGACGAGUGCCUUCCAAUUGGCUUUCCAAAUACUCAAAUGUCAACUGAUCUAAAAAAAUGUUUUUACUUUUUAAAUAAUGUAGUGUAAAAUAAGCUGCA